ACAGCAGACGACCCCUGCUGUCACCUGGUGGGUGACAAGAACUCCUGACUCCACUCAAGGGUAAUUAAUGAGCAGUAAUCACCUUGCUGUUCACCUUCCUUUGCAGGAGUGCUGUGCCCAGCCAGGUGGUGGAGCAGAUGCUCUGGUUACCUCACGAUCACCAUUCUGGCCAUUAAUUAUUCACGUUAUUAAUGAAUACGUCGAUAAGGUGAUGUUAUUAAUCUCAGCUGUAAAGAAUAAGGGGCUGGAGGGGUUGUUUCGCGGUGGAUCGAGGUGGGGGUAUCCCCCGUUAAUUAAUUAAUUCCCUAACGACGGUGUCCCCCCCCCCCCCCCCGCCGCCUCCUCCCCCGGAGGGGGGCAGUGACAGGCAGCGGCUCCUGCCCCAUGUGACUGGGGAGCGGCUGCCCCCGUCCAUGGCUUGGCCUCCCCCGGGCAGCAGCAGCUCCGGCUCCCGGGGAGGAGGGGCAGGAGCUGCUGCUCCAUGGGGAGGAAGAGCAGCCCCCGAUCCCCCCAGGCGGAGGGGGGAUCCCGGGCCGCUUCCCCCCCUUCUUCCUCCCCCCCCUCCUCCUCCCCGCUCUGGGCCUUACCCGAGGAGCUGCUGCUCCUCAUCUGCUCCUACCUGGACGUGCAGGCCUUGGGCCGCCUGGGCCAGGUCUGCCGCCGCCUGCGCUUCCUCAGUAGCCGCGAUCUCCUCUGGAAGCGCAUAGCUCGCGGGUGCCUCAAUUCCGGCUUCACCCAGCUCGGCACCGACCUAGCUCCUGGCAUUCCAGUGAAGGAAAGGGUGAAAGUCUCUCAGAACUGGAGGCAUGGACGCUGCCGGAGGGAGACAGUCCUGAAAUGGAAAUGCAAUUUGAUGCCCUGGAUGGAGCUGGAUGGCCAGUAUCUCUACCUGUCACAAGCCGAGAACAUCCAGGCCUACCAACUCUGUCCAGAUGGUGCAGGUUUGCAGCGUCACCCUCAGGCUAUCUUCUCUGGCCACCAGGAGGACGUAUGUCGCUUUGUUCUUGUCAACUCCCACAUCGUCAGUGGAGGGGGAGAUGGAAAUAUUGUCCUUCACAAGAUCCACGGCUCCUACAGUGUCAAGUUCUCUGCGCAUGAACAAGAGGUGAACUGUGUGGACUUCCAAGGUGGCCUUAUUGUCAGUGGCUCCCGAGACAGAACAGCAAAGGUUUGGUCCCUGUCCACGGGCAGAGUUGGACAGUGUCUACAUACAGUGCAGACAGAGGAUCGAGUGUGGUCCAUUGCUAUCAGCCCAUUAUUAAGCUCAUUUGUGACAGGAACAGCCUGCUGUGGACACACGUCACCUCUGAGAAUCUGGGACUUUGAGAGUGGUCAGCUGUUAACCUGCUUAGGGACUGACUUUCACCACGGAGCUGGAGUGCUUGAUGUCUUGUAUGAAACUCCCUCCCUUCUCCUCUCAUGUGGGUAUGACACUUACAUCCGCUACUGGGACAUACGGACCAGCACCAGAAAAUGUGUCCGGGAGUGGGAAGAGCCCCAUGACAGCGCCUUGUACUGCAUAAGGACCGAUGGGAACCAUAUGAUUGCAAGCGGCUCUUCCCACUACGGAGUGGUGCGCCUCUGGGAUAAGCGGCAGACUCAGUGCCUGCAGAGCUUUCACCUGUCUUCACCCACCAGCAGCCCAGUGUACUGCCUCCGUUUCAGUACCACCCAUCUGUACGCUGCCCUGGCAUCAGCCUUGCACGUCCUUGACUUCACGGCCUCGUGAAGGGCACCGUAACUGCUUCUGGUCGCCCCAGCUCAGCAAAGUUGACACUUGGAUCAGGGAAAAGCAGGGCAGGAGAGGUGAGAGUGGCCCAAAGGCUUCUAUAGAGAUUCUUUACCUGCCAGAAAGCUAUGUUAAAGAGUCCGGAAGGGGCAAGGUUUUCUCAACUUCAUCUGCCCCUUAGUGGAAAUAAAGGCCAAUUGACCUUUACAUUUUUUAUUUUGUACAAGUCAGGGUUUGUAAUAUUAUCUGUUCUUGUUUUGUUUUGUUUUGUUCCUUUUUUUCUUUUUUUUUUUUUUUUUUUUUCAAACUCUCCUGUGGAUACAUUUGAGGGGCAGGUUGAGCCAGAACGCCCUAUCAGCUUGUAUGCUGGUCAGGUUGAGAUCAGCCAAACUGAGCCACGUGAAGCAAGUCUGUGUGUGUGGGGUACACUGAUUUGGCAGAAGGGAAAGUGCCUGGAACAGGGACUCCUUUUCACCUGUGCUUGCUCUCUUGACAGCUGCUUGUGCUGUCCUUUUCAGCCAAGAGAAAGAAUUGAGCUAAAAGGCAGAGCCAGCCCUGCUUUCAGUGUAUGCCUCCCCUAACUGGCCAUCAGGUCAGACAGUGCACUUGGCAGGGCUGAAACAGUUGUAUUUUGCUAAAUAAAACUCUGAAGGGAAACAGAA